UGGAAUAAUUUGGGCAAGCAGGUCUCCUUUUUCAUCCCCUAUGCUCUUGGUGACCAAACAAGAUGGCUCUUGGAGAUUUUGCGUCGAUUACCGAGAAUUGAAUAGCUGCACCCUCAACGACAAGUUUCCUAUUCCAGUGAUAGAUGAGUUAUUGGAUGAACUGCAUGGGUCAAAAUUAUUCACCAAACUUGAUCUUCGAUCAGGGUACCACCAGAUUCGAAUACAUCCAGAUGGUUUGGAAAAGACAGCACUCUGAACCCAUCAUGGCCACUUUGAGUUUCUGGUAAUGCCUUUUGGGCUUACCAAUGCCCCUUCGACCUUCCAGUCCUUAAUGAAUGAGCAGCACAACUUAUUUCUCAAAAGGUCGAAGUGUGUCUUCGAGGAGGACCAUGUUCGUUAUCUAGGGCAUAUUGUCCAUGACCAUGGUGUAUCUAUUGAUGCUGACAAAGUGCAAGUAGUGGCAGAUUGGCCAACUCCAACUUCGCCAACAAGCCUUCGAGGUUUCCUCGGGUUAGCAGGAUUCUACCGCCGAUUCAUUAAAGGUUAUGGAGUUCUGGCAGCACCUUUAACGAAUCUGCUAUGCAAGAACGCAUUUGAUUGGUCCCAAGAAGCUGCACAGGCUUUUGAGGAGUUAAAACGUGCAUUGACAACAACACCAUUAUUAAGCUUACUAGAUGUCUCACUCCCAUUUGUUGUUGAGUGUGAUGCUUCAUGCAGUGGCAUUGGGGCUGUGUUACAACAAGGGCUGCACCCAAUAGCAUUUUUCAGUAAGAAGUUGGCAGAUCGUCACUUGAAGCUCCCAGCUUAUGAAAGAGAACUGAUCGGCUUAUCGUAGGCAGUCCGGAAUUGGAGGCAUUAUCUCUGGGGGCAGAAUUUUGUGAUUAGAACAUAUCUAUACAGCUUGAGUUUCCUUCCGCAACAACGACUUACAACUUCCCCACAACAGCACUAGAUAAGCAAAUUAUUGGGCUAUGACUUUACUGUAGAAUAUAAACCCGGGAAGUUGAAUGUAGUAGCAGAUGCCUUAUCACGGAGGAACCAGGAUACAUCAGAGUAUUUCACAAUCUCCUUGUUGCGUUCAAAGUUAUUAGACGACAUUAAAAUUGUUGUACGUGACUCAGAGGAGUACAAGCCAUUCGUCCAAAAUUGUGACAGUUAGAAGGAGGAAAUGUGGUUCUUGAAAGAAGGAAUGGUUUUUUAUAGAGGGAAAAAUUUUAUUCCCCCACACUCAGACCUCACUCUGCGAAUUUUGCAGGAAAUCCACAGCUCCAACCAUGAGGGGGUACAGAAAACGAUCCACCGUGUCCGCAGAGACUUUUACUGGCCGGGGUUGAAUAAAAUGGUCCACGAAUUUGUUUCUAAUUGCUCCACCUGUAACCCCUCACCUAUUCGAGUAAAAUUAA